AUGAUUUAUCAUGGUUUCGACUUUCAUUCAGCAAGUAUUGAUGGUAAAACUCCUAUCUUUGAUGCAAUUUUGUAUAAUCAGGUUGAUAUUCUCCAACUCCUCAUUAAAAGUGGUGCUGAGCUUGAAUUCACUAAUAUUUAUGGAGAAACUGCUCUUAUGGCAGCAACAUCUAUGCUCUCUCAAACAUUGGAAAUGAAUGAUUAUAUGAAGCUAAUAAUAUCCUAUAACCCAUCUGAUUCAUUAAAACUUCUUAUUAAUCAAGGCGUAAAUUACCAUGCAUUAAAUAAAAAUGGCCAUAAUGUAACACAAAAUGCAAUUAUUAAUGGACUUAUUUCAGCUUGGAAUGUAUUGAGUCCAUUAUCUCUUCCUCCUUUGACAAUAAAUCAAGAAGAAAUAAGAGAACUCCGAGAAAAAUUAAAAGACAGUGAUGAGACUUUAUUUACAUAUAUUUCAAAGCACGAUGACGAAUGGUUUUAUGCGGUGCACAAUAGUAUCUUUGAGAACAAUGACAAGUACCCUGAUGUAAAUGAAGCGAAUAAAUAUGGAGAAACUCCUGUUAUGUGCGUUAUUAAAUAUAAUAAAAAUCCGGCUCUUUUGGCAUUACUUAUCACUGCAGGUGCAGAUGCUGAUUUGGAAUAUAACGGAAAGACGCCAUUGCAGAUCUGUAUCGAGAAUGAAUACACAGACAAAAUAAGAGCAUUUCUCCAAAACGAAUGUUGUGAUCUCAACAAGAAGUUUGACAAUGAAAUGAGUUAUUUCCAUCUCGCAAUCAAGAUGAAUAAGAAACUUUCUAUGCGAGCACUUGCAUCAUAUGUAUUUCCAGAUUUUGUUGACAAAGACGGAAAUUCAUAUCUUCACUAUGCUGCAUUGUCUAAUGAUCGUGAAAUUACAUACAUUUGUCUUCAUGUUCAAGAGAAAUACAUUGUUUACAACAAUGAAAACAUGAGUCCAUUGAUGCUUGCAUCAUCAAUCAACUCAUUCCGAUACAUUGAUCAAUUCAUUGAUUUUUGCGAUAAACACUGGAUUCCUAUCAAAGACAAAUAUCGAUCAUUAUUUCUUGCAGUAAUGAAUAGAAGUUUUGAUUCUUAUUAUUCAAUCUUGAAAAUAAUUUUAUGUUCUGUUGACCCAAAUUCAGAAAAUACGAAAUAG